AUUCUCGUGUCGUCCAGAGACAGAGCGAUCGCGACCUCACUCCGCAUAAAAGUUUAAAAUCUUCAUCCAGGCGCUCUAUACGAAAAGUACUUAGAGAAUAAAAAGAAAAAGAUGUCUAGAGGACUUAAAGGGAAAUCCCUUCCAUACAUAGACAGUGAUCCCGAUUAUGAACUAUCGAAAGCUAAGAAACAGCGAACCAAUAAACCGAAUAAACCAAACAUGGAUUAUGCUAUCAUAGAAAAUCCACAAAAUGAUGAUGAACAUUUUGACAAUAUUUAUCGCACAAGUACAAUCGUUGGCGGUAAAUAUCCACAUCUUAUGAACACCAAUAAAGAAAUAGCACUAGAAAAUACCAAAAUCAACGACGCCGGCUUACCAAAAUUUUGCAUACCUUAUGAACAACCCAAAUUUAAACUGCCAUAUAAUCCAGUAGUAGCACUGAGAGAAAAAUACAAAAUAAAUCCAAAUGUUAAAAUCACGCAAACUAAAUUUAAAGACCCGAAAAAGUCUAACGAACUGCCUUUAAAUUGUACUGUUUUACAAAAUGAUGCCAUUAAUUUAUCGGCAGGGAAAAGUGCUAAUGAAAAUUUAAGUGUUAACGCACUUAAUUUAACAAAAACCAAAGAUGCUGAAACCAUCACCGAUGACAAUAUUAUUGUAAAUGAAGAGAAAAACUUUAUCGCAUCUCUAAGGGCCAGCAAUAUAACGAUAUCAAGUUUAUCUUCGUUAUUGGCCAACAAAGAUAGUGAUGUCAAUAAUAACUCUAAAAUUCAAAGAAACUAUGAAGAUACUUCAGAAACUAUUGAUUUACUGGACGAUGAUGAUGACGGCGGUACACCUAACAUUAAUCCUAAUGUAUUGAAAAUCUUAGAAGAUCAGAGCGAAGCAAACAAAAGCUUUAUCGGGCUUUUACUGAAAAUUUUAACAAAGGGUCACAUUAUAGUAGCGAACGAAGUAGAGAGUAUGCCCACAGAAAUCAUUCUGGAAAAACUUAAUUUAGCAGGAAUCGAUGUACUGAAACUUAUAGAGCUAUUAAAAGUAUGCCUCCAGGAGUAUUUGGAGUCAAAAAAUAAAACCCGUCAGCAGCCGCUUGUUGCAAAUAAAUCAACAGAGACUGUUCCAAAUAUUGAAAUAAGAACAAUUCUAAACCCCCCGACUUUCCAACUUACGACAUCAGUAAACGAUGGUGGCUAUUCAUCUUCUGUUAGUACGCAGACAAACGAACCUGCUCUACAAGUUCAGCUCAAGAGCGUCUCCCAGCCGCACUGUCCUUCACAAGACGUGCAUUCAAUAAUUUGUCGACCUAACCAACAAUAUAAUUACUCGCAGCAAACAAAUCAAAACACCAAUACCGUACAACAACCAUCUCAGAUCGUUGCACCACGUUAGACUCCUUUCGCAAUGCCACAUAUCCAGGCAGUCAUGCCGCAGAAAAAUUUUGCAAGUGCGAUUACUAAUUUCCCCGCUAUUCCUGCACAAAAUAUUCAAAUUAAUUCAUCGCAACCACUUCCGCAAAACCAAAACAAUUUCCAGCUACCGCAGAAUCAAACUGCAUCGGUUAAUAGGCCAUAUUACAACACGCAGGGUUCAAUGGAUUACUCUUACCAGGUAAACAAACAACCAUAAUGAUUUUGUCAAUUUUACCAAAUAUGAUGAAUUUUUAAUCAGGUGAUUGUAGUGUUCUGUUUUGUUUGUAGAAUUCCCAACAGAAACAAGGCUCCGGUAGAAGAAGUUCACAAGAAGUUUAUAACUCCAACAAUAACAAUUCUUCUCUCCGAUAUGGUGGCCAUGGUCGCCCUCGUCAAAGCUUCAAUCCGUGCAAUAACGCAAUGCCUCACAUUGGUAAUUACUCCGACCGUUAUAAUCAAUACAAUAAUGUUACGGCGGUGACAGAAUCAUCGUAUUCACACAUGAUAAGACACCAAAACUCAGUCGAUCCGAGGUUUAAUUCGUCACAAAAUGCAAUGGGUUCCUAUAAUCAGAUGGAUAAUUAUGCUUGCAAUAAUACAAGCAAUGUACAAUAGUUUGAGUUUCCAUAAAAUAUAUUUGAGUUAGAGGAGAGAGCAGAUAAUGUGUGGUUGUUGUUGGUGCUCACGUGAACCCUGAUUAGGAUAAUUGAAACCUUUGGCUUGCCUUCAUUGGCCGUCCAAAAAUGUACGUGUAAAUAACAGAUUGAGAGGCAAAAAUCUGGCACUAAUUCUAUAACCUGUAUUUAACUUUUUCGUUUUUACAUAUAGUGUCGUGACGCUUUGUAACUAAUUAUGACGUCACUCUACUAAGUUGUCAGUGUUGAGUAUUGUAAUGUUACUCGAAUGUUAACGUCUAGUAGAAAUGAGCAAAGUAUGAUAUUCUAAUAAAAAACGUGUUAUUGUAUGUAAAUUAUAACAGUGUUCAUUUAAAUCAGUACUAUAAAAAAUAUAUAAAUGAAUUUACUAACUAGAAAAUCUAAGGACAUUUAAAAUGAGUGAAGUUCAAAUUAAAAAAAAAAUCUGCAAAUAUUUUUGGAACCCGAUUUACAUCACAAUAAAGCUCCAGCAUACUAAUGAAGAUUUUGGUACAAAACAGAUUAAAAGAAAGUUAAAAUUCUCAAAACAUAAUUUUAAACUCAAAGUCAACUUUUUAAUAAUUUAACUCAAAAUAAUAAAACAAGAAAAUUUAUUGACUAUGAUAAAAUUAAUGAAAAAUUACUUCAAAUUGAUUUUUCCCUUUUAUACAACUCCACUGACGCUAACGUAGCUACUAAUUAUUUUAUUAACACUCUUAAUACCAUAAUUCUUGAAAACACGAGUCUAAAAGUUGUACCACGUCGCAAAAGGCUCAGAAAACUGUGGAUGACUCCGGGGCUUCUGAGAUGCCUCCGAAACCGGGACAAAUUACACAAAAAAGUGAAAAAAUAUCCUAACAAUUAAGUUCUUCAAUUAACUUUUAAAAGAUAUAGGAACUACUGUACAUCUCUUUUAAAAAGCGCUAAGAGCAAUUAUGAUAGGGCCCAAAUAAUAAAUUCUCAAAACAAUAAUAAGAAGCUUUGGGAAACGAUUAAAACUAUAACACAUACCAAAAAACAAAA